AUGGAGCGCGUACCAGUUUACGUCGCAGCGGAUGGAGAAACGGCAGCGGGCGCCGGUGAUUCUGCUUCCUAUACCACAUAUCACACACUGGAUGGCCCUUACUCCCCAUACUACACGACCAGUGCGGAUGGGAUUUUCACAACCGCCGGCUCGUCGAAGGGCACGAUUUAUACAUCGCGCAGGAAAUAUAUCGGCGACAACUCUACCAUUGUCGUCGCAGACGUCGUGGAUCCAGUGACUGGCGAGAGCCAGACUAUUGGCACACAAAUUCAUCAUCUUCAGCCUGUGGACACCGAUGAAGAGCCAUACAAUAUGGAUACCUAUUAUAUCGGUCGCGAUAACGAAGAGCAACUGAUCGACAAUGAUAUGCCGAUGGGACAUCGAGAUCGCUACGAGAGUGAUGGAAGACUUUACCUGGCGCAGCCGAAAUCCUUGUUCGAGAUCGAAGAGGAACGGCGACUGAGGCAUGCUGAAAACUCGAGGCUCAGGUACCAUCGUAUGUCGGAAGAAAAACGAAAAGCGGUGAACCAGCGGCGGGCCGAACGCAUCAAAACAGCCCGACAAAGAAACAAGGAAGUGCACGAGUUGGAAACCAUUUUGAAAGAUUCAAACGAUAUUGAAUCGAGUCAGGAUGAGCCAUCAUUUCAGCACGAUAUUGAUCAACAAGAAGAAGCUCGACAAAGAAGAGUGAAACAGAGAAGAGCUGAUGCUGCAAGAAUUCGAUAUCAUAAGAUGACCGAGGCUCAACGCAAGGAGUACAACAUGCGGCGCCGCUUCAGGCAGCUUGGUCUUGACCCCGAUUUCCCUGUACUUGAUGACGAAAAAGUUCAGGCCAAGUUGCGAGAAGUCAACCAAAAGAAGGCCCAAGCAGCAAGAAAUCGGUAUCACGCUAUGAGUGAGGAGGAGCGACGUCAAUACAAUGCCCGUCGUACCGCCGCUUUCCGUAAGCGUCGUAAUGAGGAGGAACAGCUUCUCAAUACCCCAGCCGGAAAGAUCUCAGCGAUGGCGUUGGAAAAGGCGCACAAGAUUAUGUGCCGGAACGCAAGGAAAGCUGAGGCAGCUCGGUUGCGCUAUCAAAGGAUGUCCCAUGAUGAACGGCGGGAGUUCAAUAUACGCCGAAAUGGAACAAGAAGGAGCGGGCGGCUGACCGAAGAUGAGAACAGCCUCGAUGCAUCGCUUGAAACGACUGCUCCAGAGCCAUCUAGCAGUUCUGAUCUCUACAUGAAAAGUAUGCCCACUAUUGAGCAACCCGAUCGGAAUGUUGUCAUGGUAGAGGAUGUUCCUGUGGACGAAUCGGAAACCGAUCCAGCCGACAUAGUGGUUGACGACGAUGACAUCAACGUUGAUCUCGAGACAUUUGAGGAAACUGAGCGGGAUAUUGAUAGCAAGACGAAGCUGGCUCAGUGUCUUCUUACACAGAAGGCCGAGGUGAAGGCACCGAGCAAUCUACCGCGCUGUGUUUACGUCACUAGCGAGCUCGUCACCGAUCCACAGGGAAAAGAAACCCUUUAUUUACAGCCCGCCCCAGGCCAAGGUAUCGACGAGAAGCAACUAAAGCUGAUGCUUGAGCAUGAAUGUGAUGAAACCGGUCGCUUGUUCGAAAUUAGGACUAUGGAUGGAAAGAUUCUUCUCCAGAAGCCGAGCCACGCCCUCGAUGAAAGCAUCAAGCCCUACAAUCCAAUGGAUGUUUACAAUGGCGAUCGCUCUGAAUACUACGACGACAAGGUCGAAAAGGCGAAAAAGCGCAGGGCCGAGAAGGCUAGAGAACGUUAUCAUAAGAUGAGCGAUGCUGCAAAGGCAGAAUUCAACUCUCGACGGGCCGAAACGCUGCGCAAGGCUAGGAAGCGCGAUGAAGAUUUGAUCCAGUUAGCCUCUACAACCCCUUUAUCGACGAUGGAUGAGGAGACAAAGAAGGCUGUGCUGGAUGCGCAGCGAAGGAGACAGAAGCGGGCUAUGCAGGCUCGAGAGAAAUAUCAUCGAAUGAACAGCGAGGAACGUCGACAAUAUAACGCGAUGCGGGACGCCCAGCGUCGACAACGCAAGCGUGAACAAGAAGGCAAAACGUUGACUCGACAGGGCGACGAAUCCGGCGGGGAACUAUCACGUGAAGGCGUCGAUGAUCAUCAGGAUGAGGAUCUCUUCCCAGAAUUCUAUGAUGACUACGACGAUCCCGCCACGAAAUAU